AUGGACGGUCGUAUACAGACCGGGAACGAAUCGCCACCGACACGAACUAACAUUUUGGGUUCAUUCUUACGCACCUCGCGCCCCAGAAAUUCCUCACAGUCACAUAUCCAGGUUAACACCGACAUCAACUUGCCCCAGAGGGACCUUUCACCUACUCCCCCACAACCACCGUCCCCAAACGCCUUAAGCGCCAGGAGAAGGACCAUUGUCACCGGAGUCGCUUCUUUAGCGGGCCAAACUUCCAACAACAGCGCUUCAAACUCGGGUUUAGGCAUUACAUCCAUGCUCAGAAGACGUCGAUCAGCGGGCAACGUCGCCCAGAAUGCGCCAGCCACUCCUCCAGUGAUAACCACCUCAGCCACCGCGGCGGCGGCCCUGGGGAUGAGCAACUUCCCCGGCAGAACUCCACCACAGGCGUCCUACGCAACCACUCCAAUCACCCAGCAGAAUACGAAUGCCACACCAGCCGCCUCUGGAGGCCCUUCUCACGCCUCGCACAGAAUUCGUCUUGUGCCUCACCUCGACACUCGGCGGUCACUAAGAUUCGAUGCCAUCUCUCGCGAUCUCAAGGAGGGUGACCCGGCGUUGCGCAUCGGGCGGUUCACUGAUCGCUCAGGGCUAGGGCUGGCCGCAGUCAAUGCUCUGGGCUCCAACAAACUAGCUUUUCGAAGCAAGGUGGUGUCUCGGGCGCAUGCUGAGAUCUGGGUGGAGAAUGGGGGGAAGUUCUUCCUCAAAGACACCAAAAGCAGCUCGGGGACGUUCCUGAACCAUGUUCGGUUGAGCCCUGCGAACACAGAAUCAAGACCAUUCCAGAUCAAAGAUGGCGACAUUCUUCAACUCGGUGUUGACUAUCAAGGAGGCGCAGAGGAUAUCUACAAGAGCGUUAAGAUUCGUGUUGAGCUCGGUAGGGAAUGGCAAUCUGCUCCAAACGCCUUCAACACCAAUGCACUCAAGAACCUCAAAUCUCUUGCCUUGCCUGAACCAUCUGGCAAGAAGGCAGCCACCGCCACUGUGAAGCUCCCGGUGGCUGGGAAAUCCCAAAUACCAGACUGUUGCAUCUGCUUGUUCGGGGUUACGAUUCGGCAGGCUCUUUUUAUCGCACCCUGCUCACAUACAUUCCACUACAAAUGCAUCCGCCCUCUGCUUGAAUCGCACCACCCAGCCUUCUCCUGUCCCCUAUGCAGGACAUUCGCCGACCUUGAGGAGGAUGUUGAAGUAGAGAUCGAGUACGAGGAGGAGGCUGACGCCGAGGAAGCCAUCAUAGCAGCCGCUAUAGCUGAGGGCAAAGACCCUGCAGAAGACCCCGACGUCGGAAACGAGUCUCCGCCGCAAUCCGACCGCGAACGGGAGUAUGAACAUGUGCAGGAGCAAGAUCUACUGGACGACAAUUCGCCCGCAUCUCGCUCAAACUCUGGCUUAGGGGUGCGUGGCACAGGAGCCGAAGCUGGUGCUGAGACCGAGGUGGAAGGCGAUGGCUCAGGACUGCGGAUCAUGUCCAGGAUUCGUGCGGCGAGGAGGGGCGGUGGCGCUGGUGGGAGCACGUCAGCAGGCGGUGGCGAUAGGGCAUCUCCACUGCUCGAUUUGGCAGACGAAGCCGACGAGAUGCUCGUGGAUGUGGGCGAGGUGGGCAUGAGCAUUGGUGUGGUAGAUGCAAAUGGAGACCCUGUCGAUGUCGACGGCACCGUUGGUGGCAAAAGGAAGCGUUGA